AAAAAACAUGCAAACAAGAUUGUUUAAUGUGUUUUGAAGCUGUUAUCUUUGUUAUACGCGCCACAUAUAAUCCUAGUGAGAUACUUGCGAAACUUAAACUAUUUAGAUAUUAUAAGUAUUGUUGCGGUGAGUUUAACAAUAUGAUGAUGAUCCACACCAGCAGAUGCCAGCAAAUGGGACUUUAUGUUUACCUUUUUCUCAGUGUUCUUUCAUUGGAAAUACACGCUUCUCCUGUCGAUAUUGCAGACGCCGACGCUGUGGACUUGCAUACGUCUCAAAGAUUAAAACGUGCGUCGUGGGUGUCGGCAUCGGGGUCCAGUGAUGGCUCAACAGACGUGACAAGACACGAUAAUGGGCAUUCCAACUUGGCUGCGCAUAUCAUUGAUCAAGUGGAAAAGGGUCACGUGACUCAGGAGAUGAUCGCUCAUUGGUGGUCAGCCAUUAACUAUGCCAUCAGUCAUGGGGAGAUGACUAAUAGCGAUGUCGACAGUCUUAUAAAGGCGUUAGCUCCGAAGCUUGCGGCAUUGGGCGAAACCUGUUGUCCUUUUGGAUGAAAUAUUAAUGUAAAUUUGCUUCAAAUGUUUUAAAGACAAGACGGUUGUUACGUUCAAUUACAUAUAUCUAGCAAAUUCAAUAAACAAUAAGAGUAUUUGGCUGUUAUAACUAUGUAUUUUAUAUUUUAUCUCUAUAUUCUUAGCGUAAUUCAUUGUUAACUUCUGUGUCGGUAUUUAUACAACAUCUUAUAUCAUUUCUUAAUUUAAGUCGAUUUCCAAAAAUUCUCAAAAUUUUAAAAAAAGUGUUGUUUUUUUUACAGAAAAGUAUAAAUGACAAAGGUAUAAUGAAAAUUUUUUUUUAGGUAUUGAUAAGUUAUUAUUUCAUAUAACUUGGAAAAAUGACUUAAGGAAAUGACUUUAAAUGUUUUACGAAUACCGGCCCAGCUCCAUAAACAUGUGCAUGUUAACCUGAAAUGCUUUAGCUUUAAUCAUGAUAGUACCAAGAAGAAUAACUAUAACAAAAUGUUUAUAAUAUAUAUAAAAUCGUUCUUUUUGUUAUGUGACCACAUUCGUAUUAUGAACUGAAAUACGGCAGAUCACAAGUGUAUCCCUUAAUCUUCCCGAACUGUAACGAUGUAAAAGUUAACACCGAUACAGUUGACAACGUUGAUAUCUUUAACCACGUUCUGAUAAA